AUGAAGCUAACGACUAUUCUUUCUACUUGUGCGCUUCUUGCCAGCGCCAUCGCCAGCACUGUGCACCCCAACAUCCAUGCUGUUGCAGACCUUAUCGCGCGCGAUGUGGACCUAGCGACCAUGGACCCGACCAAGCUCUCCAUCCUCUCAGUCCUGAAAACCGCAAUGCCCACCCCGACCGGCACCGACACCGAGAUCGCCCUGCCCACGGGCGACGUGGCUCCACAGUGGUACAAAGAUCUCCCUGCAGACGUCAUGGUACUGUUGGCGCAGAUGUAUCCAGCAACAUCCUCAGUGGCCGUUGGUACGUCGAGCGAGACGGCAAUUGUUAGCCCGAGCACGUCUUCACCCUCGAUGCAGGAGGUCAGCAGCAUGUCGGCAACUCAGACAACGCUUACCAGGACACUCGAGCUUGUUCCUACCGUCACGGCGGUGUCUAAUGGUUCGCUGUCGACUGGAUCGUCAAGCGCUACCUUGGCGAAUGGUACACUUACCACCGGCUCACCCAGUCCGACGCAGUCUUCCGUCUCAACUGGUGCUAAGAACACUGUUGACAUCAAGCUAUGGUCGCUUGUGAUGGGUCUGAGUAUCGCUGUGUUGUUCUUCCUCGUCGCCUAG